AUGGCACCUAAUCUUCGUGUCCUCAUUGUCGGCGCUUCCAUAGCGGGGCCUAUGACGGCUUACUGGCUGGGGAAAUGUAAUGUGGACAUUACUGUUAUUGAAAGAUUUCCCAGUCUGCGAAAAGGAGGACAGGUUGUUGAUAUCAGACAUUGUGGAGUUACUAUAAUACGAAAGGUCCCAGGUCUGGAAAAGACGCUUGUUGAGAGGGCGGCACCAUUGCAGGGCUUGCAGAUGGUCGGCAAGAGUGGAAAGCCCCUCGUAGCAGUAACGCCCACAGGAAUCCCCGAAGAACAAUUCCUCAUUUCCGACUUUGAGAUUUUCCGCGACGACCUCGCAACGAUUCUCUUCAACCUCACAAAAGACAACCCGCGCAUCAAAUACGUCUUCGGCGAGCAAGUCAAAGCUCUACGACAAGAAGGCGAUAAAGUGCAUGUGGAAUUCCUCAACGGACAACUCCCCAAUUCGGAAUACGAUCUCGUCGUCGCUGCAGACGGAGCAACAUCUCGAACUCGAGCAUUGGGGUUCGAUUGUACUGUGAGAGACCAUACGGAACCUUGGAAUGCUUGGGCGGCGUAUUGUACGAUUGAAAAGAAUAUUCUGGGACAUGCCAAUAUGGGGGAAUUCAGCGUCUCGACUCCUGGACGUGGGAUUAUGAUUGGACCGGAUCAUGAUUCUAGGUACAAUCGUGUGAUUCUCAUGAGUAACAAUCCUAGGGAUAAACCUGAGAGACUGGAACCUUUCUUCGAAGCGGUCAAACAAGGCGAUCAAGCUACGAAACAGUGGUUGAAGGAAUUCUUCAAGGGACAUGGUCGCGAUGAUAUUCUGAACGCUGUGGCUGAAUCGGACAGCUUGUAUGCGGCGGAGAACUUGCAAGUCAAAAUGCCCUGUUUGAACAACAAUAAUGUCGUACUGGUCGGCGACGCGGGUUACUCUCCCGGUCCAAUUGGUACGGGCACCACACUCGCCAUUACUGGAGGUUACAUUCUCGCGGGAGAAAUCAAUGAUCAUCCUGGGGAUUUGGCGGGAGCUUUGAAGGCUUAUGCGGAGAGAAUGCAGCCUAUCAUUGAUAAUAUGCAGAAGAUUCCUCCCGGAUUCCCAUCUGUGCUUACGCCGGAGACGGAUUGGGGACUUUGGGUUAGGGAUACUAUUCUUUGGGUUGCGCAUUAUGUUAUGGCUGUGUCGAGAUUCARACCUGUUGCUGCGUUGUUUAGAUGGGUGGCGGGGAUUUAUUGUAUAGCUUGGGCGAAGGAUUUGUAUGGUGUGCCGGAUUAUCAAUGGAGGGCUAUUUAG